AUGUUCGCGGUGACGCGCUCGAAGUCCAAACAGGUCAAGGCCACAGAGGAGUCAGUUCCGGGAACCGGGGCCGACUACUCUGGGACCGACGAGUCGGGAACCGACGGUCCCGGAACCAAUGACCUCGGAACCGACGAGUCUGGAACCAAUGACCUUGGAACCAUCGGAUCGGGAACCGACGGUCUGGAAGACGAGCCGACAGCCGCUUCCCGGAGCCCAGACUGCCAAGACUCCGAAGAAGACCCCGAAGACGUCCGCAGGGAACGAUGGAGAAGGAUUUGCUCUCACCAGGCACACGACCCGGGGCUAGCGCCUUUGGUAAAGUUCCUCCGGGGAGAGACUGAGCACUUGUCCCUGAAACAAAGCGCCCUCUUGGCCAAGAUAGCGGACCAGUUUGUGUUGGACUCCCGGAACGCCCUGUUCUACGUGAGUCGGAACACCCCGGAACGUCCCGGAGACGCCGCAGACCAUCUCCGUCUGGUAGUCCCCCGGGAUCUCCAUGAGGACAUCCUGCACCACUGUCACGCGGACUCCCACGGCGCUCAUCAGGGGAUAAUCCGGACCUAUGAGAGACUGCGCAAGGAGUUCUACUGGAUCGGCAUGUUCAAGGACACCGAGCGAUAUGUCAAAGAAUGCGUUGACUGCGUCACGGCCAAGGGACUACCCCGGAACCCGGGACCGUCGCCCGGUAACCUGUUGGCUACGCGACCGUUUCAGGUCGUUUCCAUGGACUUCGUGCUACUGCUGCCCCGGUCCGCCCGGGGAAAUACGGCAUUGCUCCUGUUCCAGUGCGCAUUCUCGGGAUUCAUCAUGUGCAAGGCCAUGGCGAGCACCGAAGUCCAAGACAUGUCCGAAGCUUACGAAGAGUGCGUAUUCCGGAGGUUCGGGCCAGUGAGAUGA